CCAGGAUGUGCAGGCACACAAUUCGAAACGUGUGAAUGAUCAGCAUGAGAUCUAGUGGUGCAGCUGUUUUCACAAGACAGAAUCCAUUUCCUCCAGGUCCCCCUUUGCCCAAGAGCCACUACAGCCCAUCUAGAGAAAGAAAAAUCCCAAAGCAGCAAAAGAAGCUUGCCUUGAGUCCUGUCAGGUUUGCUGAGCCACUCAGUCCUCCAGAUCCUCCUAAUCAAACGUCACCUCGGAGAACAGAGGACCAGGACUUCAAUGAAAGAUCACGUAGUGUCCUCCUGUGCCCUCCAACAUCUACAGAACACCAGUUGAGCUUCUCAGAAUCCUGGCCAUCUACUGACCUGAGUAGUUCUACACUCAACGCUACAUCUUCUCCCCACACAGAAGCUCAGUCACAGGCAAUGAGAAACACUGUAGUCACAGCGACAACUGGAGCAAAGGAACCUUCUAUUCUUGCAAAAUACAUUGAGCGCUUCCGUUUUGGAAAGCCACAGAGUCGAGAGGAAAGGCAGCAUCAGUCCACUGAGGGAGAAGGUGACCAGCCUUUUUGGUGGACCUCCACAUCCCCUCCAUCCAGUUCAACACCAUCUCAAACAUCGGAGAAACUUACCAGAGAGCCCCUUGAUGUCAUGAAUUAUGGCCCUGCCAACACCCACAGCCCCAUCUUAAAGCCGCUGCAUGCUGCAACCACACAGUCUCCCGCUAGAGGUGUGCUCGACCUCAGUAUGCUGACAUUAUCUGAGUUGUCCCUCUGUGACACAGAAGAACCUGAGAUACUGCAGCUACAGGAGAGGGCCAGUCAUUUACUGCAGAGGAGUGAACACUCUCUCAGCAGUGGAUCAGUCCCUAUCAGUUCUGAGGGUUUGGGCUGCUCUGAUUUUUCUUCCCCCGUAAGCACUGAUGAGCCAGUUCGUAGACCUGUCAUACCCACCUUAAUGGGCUCAACUAACUUGGUUUUAGAUCCCAGUUUGUGCGAGGGAACGUCUUUUCCUGCUCCCUUUGCUGGCUCCUUGGGGUCAGGUGUCCGUCGUGAAGAUGACAUCCUUUUUCAGUGGCGUCUAAGGAGGAAGAUGGAACAUGCCAGGCUUUGGUGUCAGGAAACCCCUUCUCGCAAUUCUGUUCUCCAUAUUCCCCUGACUCACACUCAAGGACCAAACCAGAAGGCACACGACAGACCCAACAACAUGCCCCCUCAGAGAGCAAAUCUCUCUUUCACACCUGUCUCCUUUGCUAGUCUUGAUCCUCCAGUCCCUGAGUCAUCUCUCCCUAUUUCAAGCCCCAGUGUCUCCAGACUCCAGCCUGAUGCCUCCAUCCAGGUCCAGAGGCAACCUGACCUCAAUAUUCGACCACAUUUUCUUCCCCAGCUCUCAAAGGAGAAUGUCACAAAGAAUCUGGAAGCACAUUCUGACCUGCCACAACAUCACAGAACACAAGUCAGCCUUGUGAAGACUGCAGCAGAGAAGAACAUAAGGCAGAGGUCCUCUUCUCAAUCUUCACUAGCUUCAGAUAGAUCAGAGGAGCGGUUGACAGCCUCUCAUGUGAAGAGAACCAUGGCAGUCAGAGGGAAAACUGAGAAUGAGAGACGUGAGAAGAUUGCACCUUCAAGCCGAAAGAAAAGGCAUAGUGCUAUGCAAGGCAGCAGUCCAGUGAGGGCCAGACAUUCCAGGGCUUCUGAAGGGGUCAGUCACAAAGACGCUGAGCCACGUGUAAAAAGCAGGUGGAAAGAAGAGUGUGAAAGAUCAACAGGAGGAGAACGGUCUGGAGCACCACCACCUUCACCAGUACACAAUGCUCUGGGACAGGUUGUCUCUGAGGUGCUCUUUCCAGGUGCAGAUUCCCCAAACGAGUGCAAGACUCCAAGUUCUUCAGAUUCAACAACGUAUACCCCACCUCCACCCCUACAAUCCCCUGUUGCCCCUCAUUCCAGUGGACAACAACCCUCUGAGGUCAUACAUCAACUUAUGCAGGAUGCACAAGAUUCAGACGGACAGGAGUUUGAAGAUGAUCCCUUACUGCAAGUCCUCAGACAUCAGAGGAAAUUGGUGAAGGAACAACUUUGUGAAGUUGAUGUGAUGCUCCAGCAGCUCCUCCCAUUGGCUUGUCCCACAGGCACAUGAUUAUUAUACAAAGGUGCAAUAUUCCAAACACACAAUCUGUUUAAUUUUGCUACUACUUAUUUAUGUUGUUUUUUUUUAUAUUGUGGGC